AGGUCGUGCUGUAUCGCUGCGCGACGGACUCGGAGCAGCUCAGUGAUCACUAGUGCGCCGCUCGCACUACACACUGCGUAUCAAACAUAAUCCAUUAUGAAGAUUGCCAUUGUGUUAAUUGUUUGUGUGGCCGUGUGUCGCGCCGACAACCUAGCCAAUGCAGCCGGACAGAUCUUUAACAGCAUCUUGCCUAACAUAAUCAGCAACUCGGUGACCGGCCAGCAAGGAAACACAGCAGGCAACACCCUCCAACAGAUAGGUACGGUUGUUGGCGGAGUCGUAGACUACGCCAAGAAGAAGAGCUAUGAGGAUCUGCUGCGUCAGGUGCAGGACUCCACCACAGAUGAGGACCUUUUGCGAAUCAGUGAGGAAAUGUUCAACGGUGACAUCAACAACGCUUAUUCUUAUAUCCAAGUGAACCUGCAAGAGAAAACCAGUCCUCUAUCCAAGGAUGACAAAGCUCCAGCCAACCUCCUGUCCGUGCCGCAAAAUGUAUGGAGUGGUCCCACAAUACGGCCGUUUGUUGCACUCUUCGACAAUUACCAUAAAAACGUGAUCAGGCCAGAGUUUGUCACACCCAAUGAAGAAACGGAACAAACCACUUACAUCAACACUAUUCUCGCCACCGGUCCAAUUAGAAGCCUUAUGAACUUUUUGGUUAGCAAAGGAUUAACUCAAAUGAACGAGUACAAUGAACAAGUGGACUUACUGAGGAAGAUCUGGUUCACGAAGUACGCGCGCCACUGGACCGGCCUCUGCAAGUGCAGCUGCGCCUUCGAGAACAUCUUCAUGGCUGAGCUCAAGUCCAACGAUGUGCUUGGACUCCACAGUUGGUUAUUCUUCGCUCAACGUGAACAGGACCGCAAAGCUAACUACCUCGGCUACAUCGACAAACUGGACCUCUCUGGAAAAGGUCUGAUCCUGAAGCAGCACUCAGUACUGAGCGACACUAAGGACGCUCCCGAAGUCACCAUGUUCGUGGGCACAUCGCCCGAGCUAGAGAUGGCGCUGUACACGCUGUGCUUCAUGGCGCGCCCCGACCGACCCUGCAAGCUGCGCUACAACAACGUGCCCUUCACUAUCCAAACCAAAACCCUCAAGUCUGAGAAUGUACUGCUUAUUGAUACCGCCUACCCUCUAUACUGAUCAUUCUAUGCAAAAUCCUACCUCUCUUGAAUCUGUUCGUCCGAACGAACGUUUGAAAUACAAAAAGAGGGAAAACAAAGAAUUUAGUACAUUUAAAUGUGUCAUAUACCUAAAUAUCUAAUUAAGUUAAGCUUUAAAGAGAUUUAUUGCAAUAACUAUUUAAUUUUCUAUCCAUAAGUAUGCUUUAAACAAAGAUAAAUACUUCAAGCUUAGUUUGAUAUCACGUCUGGAUACAGGUCGAUGAAGAUAAACAGGUCACAAUAAUAUUAAGUAAUAAAACCAAUGAAAUGUUAAA